AUGGAGGGAAGGGAAUCGAAUCGACUCGAAUCGGUUCGAAUCGACUCGAAUCGGUUCGAAUCGGUUCGAAUCGGUUCGAAUCGACUCGAAUCGGUUCGAAUCGACUCGAAUCGACUCGAAUCGACUCGAAUCGGUUCGAAUCGGUUCGAAUCGACUCGAAUCAAGCGGGUAGCUAACAAGAGUCAAGCGGGUAGUGUAACGUGCGAUAAGACUUCACUAUAUAAACUUCACCGAGAGACUGAUAAGGGAGUUCUAUGA